AUGUUAACUGUUCAAAAUUUUAUUCUCAACGAUUCAAAUCAAUCAACAUGUGUUGGAAUCAGUUUUAUUUUUGAUCCUACAAUUUUGGCAACAACAACAACAUCCUUCUUAAAUGAGUCUUCAUCAAUAAGUACUAAUAUUGGAAACUUCUCAGCAACUCCAGGUAGUACUUCAGAGGGUCCGCCAAUAUUAGCGAUCAUUUUACCAGCUGUUCUCGUCCCGGUAGUUGGUAUAUUAUUAUUUAUUGCUGGAUAUUUCUACUGUCGACGACGGAAACGUAACAAGAAACCAGGUAAUUAUACCUUAGAACAAGUAUCACCGAGUAAACAAUAUGAUUCUAUAUAUGAUGACAAUACAAACACGUUAGACACCGAUCGUGGCUACAGUGUUUGGCGACCUGUAAAGCAAAAUAUUUAA